AACAAUCGGGCGCGUGGAAGGGAAUCAGUUAGUUGAGGCGCGCGUGAACAGCUUAAAAAAAGAAAACACGGUUAAUAUCUGGUUGUGUUUGUUUGUGCUCGGUACAAACCUCUUCAGGAUCGGCUGUGAAAAUGGAUUUAGACUCAAUGAAGUAUGCGGACUUGCGGCAGCUCGCUAAAAGCGUUGGAUUAAAAGGCAACAUGAAGGCUGAUAAGCUGCUAAAGGCGCUAAAGCAGCAUUUCCAGCAGCAAGAAAGCUCAGAGAAUGAAAACAGCAUCACCUCAGAUGAAGUGCAGAUCCCACAGGGCGUGGCAGCUGAGCCCAAACCCGCGAACGAUGCGCUGGUCACCACACGCCGCGGGAAAAAACAGCAAACCAAGAGAAAGCACUCUGGACAUGGAAACAACAAUGAUCCAAAUCCUGAACCUGAGAAGAGCCCAGUUCAGGAUGAUGCCAAGGCACCUGCAGAGGAGGAAGUAGAGGACAGCGGUAAAAGGAGCUCUAAGAGGAGGAAGGUGUCCUCGGGUAAGGACACGGGGACUCCAGCUCCAGAAUCUGUUGAGAUCACAGUCACUAAGGGAAGCAAUAAAGAUGUGGUGAAGAAGACUGCUGGAAAAAUCCCCCGUCACGAGGGUCUGAUGAAGAAGAAAGCAGCUCUGAGGCCAACCACGCCAAACUUCAAGAAACUCCACGAGGCGCAUUUCAGCAAGAUGGAGUCCAUCGAUUCCUACGUGCAGAGAAAGAACAAGCAGAUGGAGGUGCUCAGGAACUCAGUGAAGGAUCUGAAGGCUCAGACAGAAAACAGUACUAAGAAGUCGGCAGACGCUAAGCCUCAUGGCAAGCUGGCGGUUAGCCGAAACUCGCUGUUCAGCCCGGGUGCGUCGGAGAAGAGGGCGGUGACACGCAGGGCCACUCAGGUUCCUACCAGCAAGCCGGUGAAGGACAGCGCCCCCUUUAGACCAUCCAUUCUUUCAGCCAACAAAAUAAACGUCAGGUUUUCCGAAACGACGCAGGACAACGAGCACAAGCGCUCUCUGUUAAAGACUCCAGCCCGCAUGUCUCCCAUGUUUCCGCUCACUCCUACUCCGGGCAGGAAGUCUGAAGUGCAGGCGAACAAGAACGCCGUUCCCGUCAACAAAACCCCAGCAUUGACUCCGUUCAUGUUCGGAGGCGCCGCUGGUACUCCAGGGACCAACAAGAAGAACGCGUUCGAUCUGAAAGCAAGCCUCUCUCGGCCGCUCGGCUACAAGCCGCAUAAGGGGAAGCUGAAGCCUUUCGGAGUGCCGCAGACGCAGGAAAACGCCGCACUGAACAAAUCUCAAACGCUUCCAUCUCACCAGAAAAACUACAAACAGCACCAAGUGCAGACGCGAGACGAGCGGCGUGUUAAGCACAACGAGGACAGGAAGCAGAAGAAAGAGAAGAUGCUCGGUGCCAGACGUGGACUAGUCAUGGCUUAAUAUUCCUGCUUUUUUUUUUUCUCUCUUUCUCUAAAAUAAGAUUUUCAAACUGUAGCUACUUGCACCUUUUUUUAGCUUGUGUCUGUUUUUUGUCAAUGUUUGAUGCUUUUCCCCCUUUUUAUGAGAAAAAAAAUCUUAACACCCCAAUAAUUUGUACAUAUGCCAGAAUUUUGUUGCUGAGUGACGUAGACACUUAAGCUCUGUUUUCUUUAACUGUUAAACAAGCAUUGUGUUUUAUAA